AUGGCUACCUCACAGCUCACUGGUUCUCGUUCAAAAACGAAAAGAAGGCAUCUCGAUACAGAUAGUGUCGUGUCGUCUGAUGAUGAAUCUUUACUUAAUGUAGAAUCGUGGCCACGAUUUCUGGUUGUCGAAGGAGUUGAUGGAGAGCCUCUCAGAAUCAACCCCUUUGUGGUUUCAAAAUCUAUCCAAGGGAUAUGUGGUACAGUACAAAACGUCACUCGUCUCCGGUCUGGUUCCCUGCUUGUGGAAUGCGCCAAGAGACAACAAUCUCUCAAUCUUUUACAAGCACAUCAUUUUGCAAAUACAGAGAUUGUUGUCUCAGCACAUAAAACUCUGAAUUCAUGUAGAGGCAUUGUACGCGACCGUGCAAAGUGCCUCUCAGACAUGUCGGAAGAGGAGAUUGUAGCAGAAAUGAAGCCUCAGGGUGUUACAUCUGUCAAACGGUUCAAUAGAAAAGAUGGUGAAAUAUUUGUGAAGACAAAUACGUACCUGUUUACUUUUGCCCUUUCAAGGAUCCCUUCAUCAAUCAAGGCCGGAUAUUUCAACAUCGGAGUGGAUGUGUAUAUACCAAAUCCACUCCGUUGUUUUAAAUGUCAGCAGUUCGGACAUGGAGCUAAAUCCUGUCGCAACUCAGCAGUUUGCUCCCGCUGCAGUAAGAAACAUGAUGGCACUGACUGUACAGAUACCAUCAAAUGUUCAAACUGCAGUUGUGACCACAUGUCGUCAUCUAAAUCGUGCCCUUCCUUUGUGAUUCAGACAAAAAUACUCAAAUUAAAAUAUACUAAUGAUAUCUCAUUCUCAGAUGCUAAGAAACUUCUUCAGAUUGAAUCAACCUCAUCCACCCAUUCACUGACCUACUCUGCUGCAGUCUCCUCUGCUGCUGUCUCCUCUGCUAUCAAAGUGGAUAACGGAUGCCAAACAGCUAUUAGCUGGGUGUCAAAUGAACGAACCAUGUUGUUUCAAAUUGAUGCUGAAGAUACCACCACUUCCCCCCAAUCCACUUCAAAACCUUCACAAACGGAACCUCUGCCAGAAAAUGAACCUCACUCACUCACUCACUCUCAACUUGAUACCUCUCCUGUACCUGAAAGUGACAAAAGAAAUGAUGUGACCCAAACCAGAAAAGAAAGAAAGCAACAAAGGAAAAAAGAAUCUAAGGCACUUAAACAUAUUAAGGUGCCUUCACCCUUGACAUUCCCUCUGGAGGUUCAAAAUCCCUUUGAACCUUUAGAUAUGGAGGUCUCUCCAUCGCUGUCAUUACAGCGUAAAGGACCUUCUCCACGCUCACGAUCUCCAAUUGAGCCACCAUGA